AUGACUGACAGUGUUGUGGCGGCCAAGGCCGAAGCCCUCGCCGCUGGGUCGGCGGAGCGCUCAGAACUCGCGGCGUCCGAAACUGUCCGGUGGGACACGUCGGCAAGAGCAAACGCACGGCGCUGGCUUCAGUCCAAAGACCGUGGCCCGCUGGGCUUGUCACUGCACAGCCUGCCCUGUGGCGGUGUUGCCGUCGGCUCCUCCGCCCGCUCUGCUGUUGUCCGACCUGGCGACACAAUCACCGAGGUGAAUGGUGUGCCGGUCAUGAGUGUGGAGCAAGCUGCGGCCGCGCUGCACGCUGUGGCGCCCGGGGGCGACAUUGUGAUUGCCCUGAUUCGCCUCGAGGGCACCAAGCGGCCGUCAUCGGACCACUUGCGCGAGGACAGGAUAUGCUUGUAG